GAAUGCUGAGGUACUCAGUCCAGACCGCCAGGGGGCGCUUGGCGCCGCGGUCUGACCACCAGGGCGUACCAUUUCCCGCCGGGCGGGUGUUCACGGAUAACCCUCUCCGGGCUGUAGCGCCCACCGACACUGGCAGCCUCCCUUCGCGGCUUGGCAGCCGGUGAAGACGAGAGCGGCCGCCGAGGGGCGGGGACGCCCUUAUUCCUCCUGCCCAGUGUACGGGCUUCCCCUUCCCCGCGCUGCAUCCAGUGGUAUCGCCCCAGCUGCCGACUGCGCAGCGGCCCUGGCCGUGCGGAAGGGGGGGCAUCUUUUGCUCUCCCCUGUUGUCAUAGAGACUGCGGACUGUCGCUCCCCAUUUCUUCCCCCAUCCCGUCCCCCCACCGAGCUGGGACACGUCGCAGCCGCCGGCGGCGCGGAAGGUCUGUGGGGCCCUUCGCAGCUUAUCAGGCAAUUCCACCUUGCUAUGAGAACCGAAGAUGGAUCCAGAAGAGCAGGAGUUACUUGGUGAUUACAGAUACAGAAAUUAUUCUUCAUCAAUUGAGAAAGCUUUGAGAAACUUUGAAUCGUCAAGUGAAUGGGCAGAUCUUAUAUCUUCCCUUGGCAAACUCAAUAAGGCUCUUCAGAGUAACCUGAAGUACUCUCUAUUGCCAAGACGGCUGAUCAUCAGUAAAAGAUUAUCUCAGUGUUUGCAUCCAGCACUACCCAGUGGAGUGCAUUUAAAGGCAUUAGAAACCUAUGAAAUAAUCUUUAAAAUUAUUGGGACAAAAUGGCUUGCCAAGGAUUUAUUCUUGUACAGCUCUGGUUUGUUCCCUCUGCUGGCAAAUGCAGCAAUGUCAGUGAGGCCUGUUCUCCUUGGUUUGUAUGAGAAAUAUUUCCUUCCCCUCCAAAAGUCCCUCCUGCCUGGUCUUCAAGCCUUUGUAAUUGGACUGCUGCCUGGACUGGAAGAAGGAUCAGAAAUUUAUGAUAGAACAGAUGCUCUGCUUUUGAAGCUCUCCUUAUUGAUGGGCCAGGAAGUGUUCUAUGGAGCACUCUGGGGCAGUGUCCUGGUUGGCCCAUCCAUCAGGCUGCCUGCUUCUCUUUUUGUUGUCAGUCACAUCAACAGAGAGCUGUCUGGAAAACAGCAGAAGUACAUGCUUGGCACCGAUUAUAGGCUCACAAUAAAGUCUUUGUGUGUAUCAGUAUUGGAUUCAAAUGUCCUUGUGCAAAGAAACACUCUAGAAGUGAUUCUCUUCUUCUUUCCAUUUUCUACAGCUUUGGACUGCAAUGAAAGCACUAUUCUAUUGCACAGGACUGAUUUAGUCUAUAUUCUGUCAGCUGCUACACAAACAUUGUUGAGAAGAGACAUGUCACUCAAUAGAAGAUUAUAUGCAUGGUUGCUAGGCUCUGAUAUUAAAGGUGGUACUUUUGCUCCAGACUCAACAACUUCAGAAGACCAUGCUAUUUAUUUCUUUGGAAAAUACUCUAAAGAUCUUUUAGUUGAGAGUUUGAUUGAAAUUUUACAGCAGAAAUUCCCAGAGCCUGAUACAGAGGAACAGCAUCAAGCUUAUUUGAAACCCUUCCGCAUCCUAGUUAGUCUCCUUGACAAACCUGAAAUAGGGCCACAGGUUGUUGGGGAUCUCUUCCUUGAAGUUAUUAGAGCCUUUUAUUCCUACUGCAAGGAUGCACUUGGUUCUGAUCUUGAACUCAGCUACAAUCAAAGUGGCAACAUACUUACAAGUGCAAUAAAAGAGAACAAAAAUGCUUCAGAAAUCGUCAAGACAGUCAAUUUGUUGAUCACAUCCUUAAGCACAGAUUUUCUUUGGGAUUACAUGACCAAAUGUUUUGAAGAAUGUUUCAGAAACAAAUCCACACAGACGAGAUAUCUUCUUGAAAAUAUUAGCACUCCUCCCACAAUUUCAGAGCUCUGCACGCUGUUGGUGUUUCUUCUUGAUGUGAUUCCUUUGGAGCUCUACUCUGAAGUGCAGACUCAGUAUCUUCCACAGAUGCUCAGUUAUAUGGUGCAGUCUCUCCUGGAAAAUAUGGAAGUAUUAGGUUUACCAGAACUCACUCAUGCCUUAAAGACCUGUUUUAAGGUGCUUAGCAAAGUGCAAAUGCCUCCUUCCUACUUGGACAUUGAGACAGGAAGUGGAAAUGGGAGCCCAGUGAAAAAGGAAAAUGUGGACAUAACCUUGGAGACUAAGUCUGUGCUGCAGGAGGAGGAUGAGACAUCAUUCCCUCCCCUGAAGUCAGAAGACAGUGGAAUUGGUCUAAGCACUUCCUCUCCAGAGCUCUCUCAGCACUUGGGGGUGCCAACUGUGACCCUUGAGAGAGAUGAUGUAUGGAAGAAAGGGGGAAGCAUUCAGAAGACUUUAUAUUGCAUCCAAGAGCUGGUUGCCAAGUUUUCCAGUAAAUACAUUUUUGGGAUGCGAUUUCAAGAAACAAAUAACGAAAGCAUCUCAGCAAUGAAUCUGAGUGGAAAAGAGAAAAAAGAGAAUGGCUACAGAUUGCCUGAAAGUGGUAGCAAGAAGAAGAGCCCAUGGGAUACGAAGCAAAUCACUGUACCUCAGUUUAAACGAAUGCUUUCAGACUUGUUCUCAGUUCGAGGGUCACCAUUCAAGAACAAGAGUUCUAAUCCUCUUCCUUCUGACCACAACUCUGGUAAUAAAAAGGAAAAGGAAGAAGAAGAGUGGGACUUUGAACAAGUGAUGCUUGUCUUGGGACCCCUUAGGGGUGACUGCAAGGAAGCUUUCUCUGCAGCUUGUCACCUUUUGUUGGAUUGUACCACAUUCCCAGUCUAUCUUUCGGAGGAAGAAAUGGAACAGUUGUAUCUCUCUCUGUUUCAUGUUCCUGAAGGUUGUGAUGCCAGCUUCCCUCUGUGGCUGAAGUCCUUAAUGACAAUAUGCUGUUGCAUAAAUGACUGCUAUGUGCAGAAUGUGUCCAUCUUCACGCUGCUGGAGGUGAUCAACCAUUCCCAGUCACUGGCGCUUGUGAUAGAAGAUAGAAUGAAGAGAUACAAAGUGUCUGGCCACAACCCCUUCUUUGGAAAGCUACAGAUGGUCACCCUUCCUCCCAUUGCUCCUGGAGUCCUAAAGAUCAUCUCAGAGAAAACAGAUUUCUACCAGAGAGUAGCCUGUGUGCUCUGGAAUCAGCUGAACAAAGAGACACGAGAGCAUCAUAUUGCAUGUGUGGAGCUGUUCUACAGGCUACACUGCUUGGCACCAUCAGCAAAUAUCUGCGAAGACAUUAUCUGCCAUGCACUUUUGGAUCAUGAUAAAGGGACAAGGCUGGAAGCACUGUUCAGAUUCUCUGUCAUGUGGCACCUGACCAGAGAGAUCCAAGGCAGCAGAGUGACUUCUCACAAUCGGUCCUUUGAUAGGUCUCUGUUUGUGGUACUGGACAGUCUCAAUUGUUCAGAUGGCGCAAUUGGUGCUGCAGCACAGGGCUGGCUGAUCCGUGCUCUUUCACUUAAUGAUGUUGCACGGAUUCUUGAACCAGUCCUGCUGCUGCUGCUUCAUCCAAAGACACAGCGCACGUCCAUCCACUACAUCAAACAGAAAAAUUCAGCAGAAGAUAUACGUGAUUUGCUUUGCAAGAAAAAGGCCUCUUUGAAAGAGUCUGGCAUCUCUGAGAGCAGUUCUGAGGAAAACCUUCCAUUGAGUCAGUUUACUACUGUGGACCGAGAAGCAAUUUGGGCAGAAGUGGAAAAAGACCCAGAGAAGCUGGAGUUAAAAGCUGAACAGCCUGAAAAUGAUGGCUCUUAUAAUCCAGUUAUCUUACAUGAAGCAGAUGGUGACCAAGAUAAUAGUGAGCACACAGAAUCAGCAGACACCAGCACAGGCCAUGACAGUGAAAAUACAUCCUCUUUUUCUCCUUCUCUGGAGCUGCAAGAAGUGAGCAAUGAGGACAAUGACAGUGCUGCAACUGAUGGCAAAGAGACCACAAAUCAUGUGAGUCUGCUCAGUGCAUUCCUUCCUGAAAGCUCCAAAUCCAGUGCAGCGUUAAACCUUGUACGUGCUGACUCUGAGAGGACUCAGGCAUCGGAGUCUCUGUCAAGUGAUGAAGAGGUGGACUUGGAGCUCCAGGAAAUUACCAAUUCUAGGUUGCUCAAGCAACAGAAGGAAAAACAGGAGAUGAUUGAAGCUCUGUUCAAACACAUGCUGCUAUAUUUGCAGCCUUAUGAUUCUAAGAGGGUAUUGUAUGCUUUUUCUGUUCUGGAGGCAGUGCUUAAAACAAACCCUAAAGAAUUUAUUGAAGCUGUAGCUACUACAAGCAUGGAUACCAGCUCCACAGCACAUUUGAAUCUUAUUUACAACCUCUUAGCUCGCCAUCAGGAAGCUCUUGUAGGGCAGAGUUUUUAUGGCAAGCUCCAGACUCAGUCCCCAACCAUGUGUCCCCAUUCUCUUCUAAUAGAACUGCUCACUUACCUCUGUCUCAGUUUUCUGCGCUCAUAUUAUCCAUGCUACUUGAAGGUCACACACCGAGAUGUGCUUGGCAACAGAGAUGUUCAGGUUAAAAGUGUGGAAGUACUGAUUAGAAUGAUGACGCAGCUAGCUACUAUGGCAAAGGCAGCAGAAAAUAAGAAUGUAGAGUUCAUAUGCAAUUUGCUAGGAAGAUGCAAAAUUCAGGAGUUUGUUCUUCUUUCUUUGUCUGCAUCUAUGUAUAUAAGUCAGAAGCGGUAUGAGUUUCUUAUGGCAGAUGGAGCUAAUAAUGUUCCUGAAGAAGAGCUCUUUGAAGAGAACCUAAUAAAUUUUGGGCAUGAUCAAAUAUGGAGUGAACACCCACUCCAGAUUGAGUUGCUGAAGCUUUUGCAGGUAUUGAUUGUCUUGGAGCACCAUCUUGGACAGACUCAUGGGGAGCAGGAGAAUCAACCAGACCUCUCUAAGGAAUGGCAGCAGGCUCUUAAUUUCCAGCAGUCUAUUGGUGCAAUGCAAUAUGUGUAUCCACACCCAAUAACCUCACAGGGAUUAUUUGUCUCCGCUGUGGUUAGAGGAUUGCAACCAGAGUAUGGCCACGGGAUGCAUCCCACUUGGGUAGCCUUAGUGACAGGUUCCCUGCCCUAUUUUGGGAAGUCCUUAGGCUGGACUGUGGCACCAUUUGUUGUACAGAUAUGUAAAAACCUGGAUGAGCUUGUCAAACAGUAUGAAAAUGAAGCUGUGAAAACAUCUGCAAAAGCAUUUGCAAGCUUAACUUCUAAAAGAGAAAAUGUUACACCUGAUUACCCACUAACCCUUUUGGAAGGCCUGACAACCAUUGGUCACUUCUGCCUUCUGGAUCACCCUACUCAAAAUAAAAAGUCCUCUUGUUUAGUUGAACCUGCAAACUUGAGAAACGCUAGGAAUGCCAUUUUGGAAGAAUUACCUCGCAUUAUUAAUACCAUGUCUCUUCUCUGGAGUGUUAUAAAGAGGGAAGACUCUCAAAAAAGACCAACUGACUUCUUUGGAACAACUAAAGGCUCUUCUUCAGUCUACUUUAAAGCAACUAAAACAUUAAGAACUAAAAUACUGGACUUCAUAAAUCCAUUGACACCACAACUUGGAAUCCAGUUGAUGGCAGCAGUUGCAGCAGUAUGGAAUAGCAAGAAACCUCAUAGGAAUCAAAGUAAAAGCAAGAUUGUUCCAGUGGCUAGUGCGUCUCAGCUUAUUCUUGUGGACUUAAUAUGUGCACUUAACACAUUGAAAAUUGACACUAUAUUACAUCUAAUCAAAGAGGUAGUCAAGAAACCAUCACAAAUCAAGGGCGAAGAGAAAUCUUCUCUUGUAGAUAUUCCAGUGCUGCAGUUCAGUUAUGCUUUCAUUCAAAGACUGCCUGUCUCAGCCCUGCAGGAGAACUUCCAGUCCUUAUUAGGACUUCUCAAAGAGUCUGUGCAGUUGAACUUGGCUCCUCCUGGACACUUUCUUCUUCUCAGCACACUGAAUGACUUUGUGACUAGGACACCUACUCUAGAAAACAAAAAAGACCAAAAAGACUUGCAGGAAGUGGCCCAAAAAAUCUUGGAGGCUGUAGGAACUGUUGCUGGUUCUUCUCUGGAACAGACUAGCUGGCUGAGCCGGAACUUAGAAGUGAAAGCUCGGCCUCAGAUUUUACCAGACGACUUCAACAUUGAAGAUGUGAACGAUACAUCAGUGGUACCAUCUUCAAUGGUUUCUGCCUCUGCUCCUUCAAUAUACAGUGUCCAAGCUCUUUCCCUCCUUGCAGAAGUUCUUGCUUCUCUUUUGGACAUGGUUUACCGGAGUGACGAGAAGGAGAAAGCUGUGCCAUUGAUUUCACGUUUGCUUUAUUACGUAUUUCCUUACCUACGCAACCACAGUGCCUACAACAUUCCUAGUUUUCGUGCUGGUGCUCAGUUGCUCAGCUCAUUGAGCGGAUACGCCUACACCAAGCGAGCCUGGAAAAAAGAAGUUCUCGAGCUGUAUAUGGAUCCAGCUUUUUUCCAGAUGGACACUUCAUGCACUCACUGGAGAUCCAUUGUUGAUCAUCUUCUGACACAUGAGAAAACUAUGUUUAAAGAUUUGAUGAAUAUGCAGAGCAGCGCCUUAAAAUUGUACCCAAGUUUUGAGCAGAAAGCAAUGUUGCUAAAGCGGCAAGCUUUCGCUGUCUUUAGUGGAGAGAUUGAUCAGUAUCAUCUCUAUCUUCCCUUAAUACAAGAACGACUGACUGAGAACCUCCGUAUUGGGCAGACUUCUAUAGUUGCUGCACAAAUGUUUCUCUUCUUCAGAGUUCUUCUGUUAAGGAUUUCACCUCAGCAUCUAACCUCAUUGUGGCCAAUUAUGGUAACUGAAUUGAUUCAGACAUUCCUACAGCUUGAAGAAGAUUUAACUGAGGAAGAUGAACCAUCAAAGACCAACAGCAAGAUCAGCAAACAGAAAGUCUCAAGUGAUGGCAGUGGAUCUGACAUACACCAGAAUGAGCUGUCUUUGUACUUAUCAGCUUGUAAGUUUUUGGACACAGCGCUUUCAUUUCCACCUGAUAGGAUGCAAUUGUUUCAGAUGUACAAAUGGGCAUUUGUCCCAGAGGUGGACACAGAGUCAUCUACUGUGACUUCUCACCUGGUAGAAAAUCAUCAGGAAUGCAGACCACACAUUAUAAGAAUCAUGGAUUUGCUGAAGAUGAAAUAUGGGGAAAUGAAUAGCACUGAGACAAUUUUCAAGAAGCAGAAGUUUCCUCUUUUGAACUUCCGCUCCAUAUCCCACAUCACGCAGCUUAUGCCCUUCUUCAAGACUCUGUGUUGUGCAUUUACAACAAACAGGAGUGAGUCCCAGAAUUCACAUACUCCUGCAUCUCCUCCUGUGGACUGUGCUGGCAGCAGUAAUGGCGUAAAGGUCUUGCAACAGCUUGAAGAGAAUGUUGAAUGUGACUUCCUUGAAAACAUGGAAAGUUAAGCCAUAUGUCAGACCCUUGAGUCGUGGUGAACAAACAGCAAAAAAAAAGGGAAAACUUUACUGCAAUUAUUCUUUUUUCCCCAGUUUUGAAACUACAUUUUGGGUUUUCUUCCUGCUGUUAUGGAGUGCUCUUCAGUAACCCGGGCUUCUGAGUGGGGUUAAAAAGCAGGAUUCUUCAGCUCCUGUGGGGGAAAAGAAAAAAGUACAGUUUAGUGGCAAUUAUCAUAGUUACUGUAUUAUUUUACUUUUUCUCAAUGUGAAGGAUUAAAGAGAUUUUGUACAUAGAGGAAGAAUAUUUUUGACUUGGUGAAAGUAGCAAUUGUACCAUUUAUUCAGUAACUUCUCAAGUAAGGAUUUUAAACUGCUUUUGGAAUUGUCUUCUGAAAGUAAAUUUAAGAAAAAGCCAAUACUGCAUGUCAGUAUACAAUCAGUUUGCAGAUAAGCCAUUUCCUGAAGUUAAAGCCUGCUCCUACUUCUCCUUUCUUUAACUUGCCCUAAAACUUAUCUAUUCUAUACAAAUCACCUAAAUUUCAAACAGAUGUAUUUUAUAAGUCUCAGCACUGUGCAAAUAACUGCAGACUUAAUCAUGUUUGUAAUUUCAACUCUGUACUAUAAUAGCAUUCUUCAGGAUUAGCAAUUCCUAAAUAAAAGAUAAACACUCAUAAAAGACAAACCUAUGCAGUAAUAUUUUGUAAUUUACUUGAGGGUUUUUAAUUUUAAUUACUUGACUAAAAAUAUUCUAAUUUCUUUUUUUCUUUUAAUUAAAAAACUGUUCUUUCAGGGACUAAGGCCACUUUGAAACUUCUGAAAUACAACUAAAUGAAGAUAAUUCUGUAUAAAUAUAAAUUGCUGCAUAUAACAGCCUAAUUAAAUGAAAAUAAAAUUACCUUUUUUUUUUUUUUU